AUGGAGGAUUUAAACGUUAAUGAAAUUUUAGAUAAGAAAAUAAAUGAAAAAAACGAAGAAAUUUUGAAAAUAACAAGCAUCAAAGAAACCGAGUAUGGAUUAGCUCCUGCUAGUUGUUGGGAUUUACAAACGGAUACCAAAAUUUUAGAGGUCGAGCAAGGUUUGCAAGUUGGAGAAUGUACUUCAAUACUGGACGCUGAGACGAGCAACCCUAAAUACGUCGUAAAUUUAAAGCACGUAGCUAAAUUCUUGGUAGGAUUAGACGAAAAAGUGUCCCCAGCAGACGUGGAAGAAGGUUGCCGUGUGGGUCUAGACCGAGGAAAAUAUCAGAUACAGCUAACGCUACCACAACAAAUAGACUCAACUGUUUGUCGAAUGGUUAUUGAAGAAAAGCCAGACAUCACGUACAGCGACAUAGGAGGCUGCAAAGAACAGCUAGAAAGGUUACGUGAAGUAGUCGAAAUGCCUUUGUUAUAUCCCGAGAGAUUUGUUGAAUUAGGAAUUGAUCCGCCAAAAGGAGUUCUAUGUUACGGACCGCCAGGAACCGGUAAAACUCUCACAGCAAGAGCUGUAGCCAACAGAACAGAUUCGUGUUUUAUCUGUGUAAUUGGCAGCGAGCUAGUCCGCAAAUACGUUGGUGAAGGAGCUAGGUUAGUCAGAGAUUUAUUCAAACUUAGCAAAACAAAAAAAUCGUGCAUUUUGUUUAUUGAUGAAGUCGACGCCAUAGGAGGUUCAAGAGGUGGUGAAGGCUUAUUUGGUGAUCGAGAGGUACAACGAACUAUGCUCGAAAUCAUCAACCAGUUAGACGGGUUUGAUUCUCGUGGAAACAUUAAAGUGCUUAUGGCUACUAACCGACCAGACACUCUUGAUCCAGCCUUAACGCGGCCUGGUAGAAUCGACAGAAUGAUCGAGUUUGGGCUUCCGGAUUUAGAAGGUCGUGUUCAGAUUUUCAACAUUAACUCGCGACGCAUGGUCACCGCGCCUGGUAUAAGAUAUGAAUUGCUCGCACGUCUGUGCUCUAAUUGUACAGGAGCUGAUAUAAGAUCGGUUUGUACAGAAGCCGGAAUGUUUGCGAUUAGAAACAGACAGAAAGCCAUCACAGAAAAAGAUAUGCUUAUGGCAAUUAAUAAAAUAAUCAAAGGUGAUAAGAAGUUUAGCGCAACUGCUAAAUAUAUGAUUUACAAUUGA